GAGUUGUGGUUUGGAUCCGACUGUGUCACAUCUGCUCGAGAUGUAAGGCGCGUCUCGUAACUCAGACAUGCAGAUGAGGUUGAUACAAACCCAGCAACCCAUUUGCGAUUCCUCUAUAGUCAUAACAGAGUAAAUUAGACGUGAAUUUGUUUGGAAAUGGUUGAUGAUUAAAAUCAGGGCAAAGUGCAUAACAGCUUAAGCCAGUGAGGACAUACAAAGAGUAUCUUCGCCAUUACAUAACUUUGCUUCCAUGUAUCAGGAGGAGUUGGUCACUGGGAUAUAAGCGAUAUGUCUUAUUUUUGCGAUGUUUUUGGACGCAUCUGGCAAUCGCCUUUUCUUCUGUUUUAUUUGUUUUGGAUAACACCUGCGUCAUUGCAUCCGCAAUGCUUGGAUUUUAAACCUCCUUUUCAGCCUCAACAGGAGCUGCAGUUCUGUCAGAUGUAUAAAUACUUCGGCUGCUGUGACUAUGCCAGGGACCAGGAACUGAUGGCGAAAUAUUAUCAAAUACUGGACAACUUCGAUUACUUCGGGUUCUCGAACUGUGCCGCGUACGUGCAGGAUCUGCUCUGCCAGGAAUGUUCUCCAUAUGCUGCUCACCUGUUUGAUGCUGAAGACCCCAGCAAACCCUUGAGGACCAUCCCUGGACUCUGCCCAGACUACUGCUCUGAAUUCCAUUCCAAGUGCAAUUCCUUACUUCCACUGCUGUCUGACGAUCCACUGCUUCAUGAUCUUCAGCAUGACCAGCACAAGCUUUGUCAGUACCUGAAAUUGGAUGACCCAGAUUACUGUUACCCCCAUCUACUAAGCAAUGAAUUGUUGACAAAAAAUCUGGGCCGCACUGUAGCUGACUCAGAGGGCUGUUUGCAGCUGUGUUUAGAGGAGGUAGCCAAUGGACUAAAAAACCCUCUUGCCAUGGUUCAUGCAAAUGAUGGCACACACAGGUUUUUCAUUGCUGAGCAAGUCGGCUUGGUCUGGGUCUACCUUCCAGAUCGAUCAAAGCUUGAACAGCCGUUUCUAAACAUCACAAAAGCUGUGUUGACAUCCCCAUGGGAAGGUGACGAAAGAGGUUUUCUGGGACUUACCUUUCAUCCUAAAUUUAAAUACAAUGGAAAGCUGUAUGUGUACUACUCUGUGGAGGUGGGGAUUGAUGAAAGAAUCCGCAUCAGUGAGUUUCGAAUUUCCUCCUCGGAUAUGAAUGUGGUUGACCACAGUUCAGAGAGAAUUAUUUUAGAGAUUGAUGAACCUGCUUCUAAUCACAAUGGUGGCCAGAUUCUAUUUGCUGAUGAUGGGUUCUUGUACAUCUUUACUGGGGAUGGUGGAAUGGCAGGGGAUCCAUUUGGGAAAUUUGGAAAUGCACAAAACAAAUCUGCUCUACUGGGAAAGGUUCUUCGCAUUGAUGUGGAUGACAAUGAAAGGGGGCCACUGUAUAGAAUUCCACGAGACAAUCCAUUUGUACAUGAACCCGGCGCCAGACCGGAAGUGUAUGCCUAUGGGGUGCGCAACAUGUGGAGAUGCUCAGUAGACAGAGGGGAUCCUGAAACCAAAGAAGGAAAAGGACGGAUCUUUUGUGGGGACGUGGGCCAGAAUAAAUAUGAGGAAAUAGACAUUGUGGAGAAAGGACGGAAUUAUGGCUGGAGAGCAAAAGAGGGUUUUUCUUGUUACGACAAGAAACUCUGUGCUAACAGUUCUUUAGAUGAUGUUCUUCCAAUUUAUGCAUAUCCACAUAAAAUUGGUAAAUCUGUCACCGGUGGAUAUGUUUACAGAGGCUGUGAAUAUCCAAACUUAAAUGGCAUGUACAUAUUUGGAGACUUUAUGAGUGGACGCCUGAUGAGUUUGAAAGAGAACAAAAACACAGGCAGAUGGGAUUACAAUGAGAUCUGCAUGGGAAUGGGUCUGACUUGUUCAUUUCCAGGGCUGAUCAACAAUUAUUAUAUGUACAUCAUUUCAUUUGCAGAAGAUGAAGCAGGUGAACUGUAUUUCAUGUCCACCGAAAUACCAAGUGCAACAUCCCCGACAGGUGUUGUGUACAAGAUUGUUGACCCCUCAAGACGUGCACCACCAGGAAAAUGUCAUUAUGAACCACUCUCAGUUCGUGUUAAGAGCAACCUAAUACCAUUCGAUCCCAAGGAAACACUGAUAGGAGUCAGCAUUCCAACACAGCUUCCAAAUUUCUCCGAUGUGGAAAAAACUCCUGAACCUGAUUCAAAAGACUGGCUUCAAAAGUUGCUGGACAUGUUUAAGGAGCAAGACGUACAGAUCAACCCGACUCCAUUCACCCCAACUACAACUAAACCUAUCAGGACAUCCAGACAGCGGAAGGGUAGACGCAAGAAGGGCAAACAAAAGAAUGGAGCCGUGAGGUUGGUUGGGGAUGCAGAAGGGCGGAGGGAUCGGGGAAGAGUGGAGGUAUAUGCGAAUGGGGAAUGGGGAACCGUCUGCGAUGAUCUCUGGAACACCAAGAAUGCCGUGGUGGUCUGUCGACAGCUGGGGUUCCAACACGCAGUCAAGGCAGCCAAGCACACUGAGUUUGGAGAAGGGAACCUGAAGAUUAUUUUGGAUGAUGUGCAGUGUGAGGGGACAGAAGAAACUCUCCUGGAUUGUCAACAUGCCGGUGUGGGAAAACAUAAUUGUGGUCACUAUGAAGAUGCAGGAGUUAUAUGUGGAAAUUUAGAUUAGUCAAAAGAGUUUCUGGAUCAAACAAAUUGUUGUUAUUAGCCUAGCACGUAGGUCUACCUCGUUUAUUUCUAUACCAUAGAGGACACUAUAACAAAAUGUGAUAGUUCAGUAACUAAACAUGUUUUUCCUGAUUUGCUGCUAAGUUCAUAGACCUAUGUGAAUGUUUAUCUUUUUCGAUUUUUGUAAAAUAAAUUACGUCAAUACAAAUAAAAUUUGAAACGAUUGCG